AAAAAAAAAAUUUCUCAAAAGGUUUUACAAUCGGACGGACCAAAAUUUAUCAUCUGCUACGAUCUCAUCGCUCGAGCAGAUCCAACUGUUCCUCGUAGAACCAUUCGGAAAACGACAAUAGUCGAGGACAGUAGACAAAUUUGGGGAAGCAGAGAAGAGAGAGAAGUCUCUGGUGCGUUUGUGCGGGUGUGAAGAAGAAUAAGAGCGCUUUGCUUCUUUGAGCUUCUCUGUUCAUAAAUUCCAGGGUGUUUAGGUCCUUUCCUUAUCAAAGUUGAGUGAGAAAAAGGAUCUGUGCUCUUCUCAGUCACUAAAGUUCGCAGUUUGGUUAGUGAUAUAUUUUUUUGGGGGAUAAUAUGAGCUUUACUGGCUCUUCUUUUGGUUCGGGAGGUAGAACUGUUAGAAGGGCAUUUGAGUUUGGAAGGACAUAUGUAGUGAGACCCAAAGGUAGACACCAAGCAACUGUAGUUUGGCUACAUGGCCUCGGUGAUAAUGGCUCAAGUUGGUCCCAGCUUUUGGAGACUCUUCCUCUUCCAAAUAUUAAAUGGAUUUGCCCAACUGCUCCUACUCAACCAAUCUCUAUAUUUGGUGGCUUUCCUUCGACGGCUUGGUUUAAUGUUGGAGAUCUUUCGGAAGAUGCUCCUGAUGAUUUAGAGGGUUUGGAUGCUGCUGCUGCACAUGUUGCGAAUUUGCUGUCAAAUGAGCCUGCUGACAUUAAACUUGGAGUAGGAGGUUUCAGUAUGGGUGCGGCCACUGCCCUGUACUCUGCAACCUGCUUUGCUGCAGGAAAGUAUGGGAAUGGUAAUCCUUAUCCAGCAAAGCUAAGUGCGGUCGUUGGACUAAGUGGUUGGCUUCCAUGUGCAAAGAUAUUGCGUAGUAAGCUUGAAGAAGGGGUGGAGGAAGCCACAAGGCGUGCAGCAUCCUUGCCCAUUUUUUUGUGUCAUGGCAAAGUUGAUGAUGUUGUUCUUUACAAAUAUGGAGAGAAAUCUUCACGAGCCUUGACUUCAACUGGAUUUCAGGACGUGACAUUCAAAUCAUAUACAGGACUCGGCCAUUAUACCGUUCCUGAAGAGAUGGAUGAGCUCUGUGCUUGGCUAAUUUCGAAGUUGGGGCUUGAGGGCCAAGGGAGUUCUUCAAUGACAAAAUGUUGAAUUAGGAAUUCAGAAGGGAACAGAAAGAAAUGGGAUGGAGAAAUGUUCUUCAAUUCUAAGCGACAAGAAUGAAAGGAAUCACAGGAGUGGUAUUGGAUGCAAUGCGGACUUCUUAUUUUUGACAUCAGUCUACGUAUGCCCUAUUUGUUUAUACUUCAUAACUUUUAUAUUUUUUUGCUCAAGACACUUCACAACUUAAUAUUGGUUUGGCUGGUUAGUUGUUGGUUGUACGUUCAUGAUUUCCGUCUUAAAGGGUUUGAAUUUCGCUAUUUCUGAGGGUACUAGAUAAAUACUAUCAUGGUUCCCACUUUUAACCGGACGAUAAAAAUUGCCAUAUAAAGAAUCAUGAAGGUCAAUAUAUACCCAUUUCAUAUCUCUACAUACACGGAGUCGGGACGGUACCUCCGGAAAAUAAAACCUCUACAUUUAAGAGUGAAAUUGAGCGGCAAGUUGAGCAUUGUUU